AUGGGCGAGGACACCAGCCUGGCCGCCAAGUCCGCCCUGGCUGCCAGCGCCUUCUCGUCGGCGGCGUCCUGCUCGCCCGGGCGCGGCGCCGGGGCGCUCCGGCUGGAGGCGGUGAUGGAGAACCUGCAGCGGGCGCAGGCGGCGCGCCUCGAGGAGAAGCUGCGCCGGGCGCAGGCGGCUCAGCCCGGGCCCGCCGGCGCAGGGGGCGCCCCCCUCCCGCCCGCCGCCCCCUCGCUCGCCGCGGGGGAGACGCGCCUCCCUCCGCCCCACCAGCCGCCGGCGCGCGGCGGCCCCGCCACGGCGGCCCCGGCCCCGCUGCGCCCCUUCCCGGGCGGCGGGCCCUGCGGGGGGCUGCCCUCGGCCCGCGCCCCGCCGCCCGCCCGCCGCCCGGAGCCCGCCCGCCGCUCCGCCUGGCGCCGCGAGAAAGAGGCGGGCGGCGCGCGUGGGGAGGCCGACGGCGAGGAGGAGGAGGAGGAAGGCGACGAGGAAGAGGAGGAGGAGGAAGAGGAGGCGGAGGAGGACGCCGGGGCCGCGGGGGACGGGCCGGAGCGGGGGGAGGAAGGCGCCGCCGGGUCCGAGCCCCGCCACGCGCAGCGCGUGGUCGCCGCUGGCGGCCUGGCCUCCCCCCCGGCCUCUGGCCCGCCGCCGCCGCCGCCCCACGAGUGGACCUACGAGGAACAGUUCAAGCAGCUCUAUGAAUUGGAUGGAGACCCCAAACGCAAGGCGUUCCUGGACGAUCUGUUCAGCUUCAUGCAGAAGAGAGGGACCCCCGUGAACCGGAUCCCCAUCAUGGCCAAGCAAGUGCUGGAUCUCUACACGCUCUAUCGGCUGGUGACUGAGAAGGGGGGGCUGGUGGAAGUCAUCAAUAAGAAGAUUUGGCGGGAGAUCACCAAAGGCUUGAACCUGCCCACGUCCAUCACCAGCGCAGCCUUCACGCUGCGCACACAAUACAUGAAGUACCUCUACCCCUACGAAUGUGACAAGCGUGGGCUGAGCUCCCCCGGAGAGCUGCAAGCCGCCAUCGACAGCAACCGGAGGGAGGGGAGGCGGCAGACCUUCGGGGCAGCCCUGUUCAGCUACUCUCCGGCGGGCACCCCAGGGUCCCUCGCUUCUCCCAAGGUCCCUCUGCCCUCCCUUGCCAUUGCCACCCACAAUGGCAGCCAGAUCGGACAAGCACACGCCGUCAAAAAAGAAGAGAGCCUCCUUUCUCCUGGGGUGCCCAGCCGCAUCGCCAUACCCGUCAGCCUGGCCGGGCAUCACCUGGUGGCAGCGCAAGCCGCUGCAUCUCAGGCAGCCGCCCUGGAGCAACUGCGGGAGAAGCUGGAAACCAGCGAGCCGCCGGAGAAGAAGAUGGCGCUGGUGACCGAGGAGCAGCAGCGCCUGGUCCAGCAGGCCCUCCAGCAGAACCUCUUGGCCAUGGCCUCCCAGUUCCCGGUCAACAUCAAGGUCAACAGCCGUGGAGAUGACAGGCAGGAAACCGCACUGAACCUGUCCACCAACGGCAUUAGCAGUAUCAACAUGUCAAUAGAAAUAAAUGGAGUUGUCUACACAGGUGUGCUGUUUGCCAGACGGUCUGGCCUCCUGAGCACUGCGGGAGGCGCCCACAGCCACGCCAGCACAGGAAUGCCCCAGAGCCAGCUGCUCUCCAUGGCAUCGCGGGGACGUGCUCCGGCCAGUGCCUCGCCCUGAGAGGAGAACCCCUGCAGCCUGUCCGCUCCGCCCCUUGGACUCUUGCAUCCUGCGUUGGGACCCAGUGGGGCCAUCUGGAUUUUUGGUUCAGGGUGGCACGGGGUGAGGCUCCCACCCCCCAGCUCGGGAGGGGCAUGAAAAGGGACUUCUGGGCAGGGCAGAGGACAGGAUGGAGAGACGCUGUGGCACUGAGGGAGGGCAUAAAUCUGAGGAGAAGGUGGUAGGGUGAG